CGCGGAGGUCACUCAGCGCGCGGUGAGCGAUCGGCGGGCGGGGCCGGCUCAGGUGCCGUGGCGCGGGACGGCCGCGGUGGGCGAGGGGGCGGUCGCGCCGCGACGUCGGCGGCGUGAGGCUUCGCGCGCGUGAGCGGCGCGGGCGCCGGGCCUGGCGGCCGAGCUCCGGUGGCGGGCGCGCAGGUCGUUGACGCGGGCCCCGGCUGGGAGGCGCGUCCGUCGCUGGCGCUGGGAGCGCGGCGUCGAGGUCCUCGGACCAUGGAGGACCCGCAGUCGCUGCCACAGCCGGAGCUGCCGCUGUGUGACAGCCUCAUCAUCUGGCUGCAGACAUUCAAGACUGCCUCACCCUGUCAGGAUGUCAAACAGCUGACUAAUGGAGUGACCAUGGCACAAGUUCUUCAUCAAAUUGACGUAGCCUGGUUUGACGAAUCUUGGUUAAGCCGAAUUAAAGAUGAUGUUGGUGACAACUGGAGAAUAAAGGCUAGUAACUUAAAGAAGGUCCUCCAUGGAAUUACAAGUUAUUAUCACGAGUUUUUGGGGCAGCAGAUUUCUGAAGAACUUAUUCCUGAUUUAAACCAAAUAACUGAGUGUUCAGACCCUGUCGAGCUUGGGAGGUUGCUUCAGCUUAUUCUAGGCUGUGCAGUCAACUGUGAAAGGAAGCAAGAGCAUAUUAAAAAUAUAAUGACCCUGGAAGAAUCUGUUCAGCAUGUAGUCAUGACUGCAAUUCAGGAGUUGAUGAGUAAAGAAAUAGUGAACUCUCCUGCAGGUGACACCGUUGGAGAAUUAGAGCAGCAGCUUAAAAGGGCCCUAGAAGAGCUUCAGGAAGCCAUAGCAGAAAAGGAAGAGCUAAAGCAAAGGUGCCAGGAAUUGGAUAUGCAGGUGACUGCACUUCAGGAUGAGAAGAAUUCACUGGUCUCUGAGAACGAGAUGAUGAAUGAAAAGCUUGACCAGUUGGAUGGCUCUUUUGAUGACCCAAAUACGAUGGUCGCGAGAAAGUACUUUCAUGCACAGUUACAACUAGAACAAUUACAAGAAGAAAACUACAGGCUUGAAGCUGCAAAAGAUGAUUACCGUGUUCACUGUGAGGAACUUGAAAAGCAGCUGAUUGAAUUUCAGCACAGGAAUGAUGAGCUGACAAGCCUUGCUGAGGAAACCAGAGCUCUGAAAGAUGAGAUAGACGUUCUUAGGGCUACCUCAGACAAAGCAAAUAAACUGGAGUCAACAGUAGAGGUGUAUCGUCAGAAGCUACAAGACCUAAAUGACCUCCGCAAGCAGGUGAAAUCUUUACAGGAGACAAAUAUGAUGUACAUGCACAACACUGUGAGCUUGGAAGAGGAGCUCAAGAAGGCCAAUGCAGCGCGUGCACAGCUAGAGACCUAUAAACGCCAGGUUCAGGACCUUCACACUAAGUUGUCCUUGGAAUCUAAAAGGGCAGAUACACUAGCAUUUGAGAUGAAGCGGCUUGAAGAAAAACAUGAAGCUUUACUCAAGGAAAAAGAGAGACUGAUAGAACAGCGUGACACUCUGAAAGAGACGAAUGAGGAGCUACGGUGCUCACAAGCACAGCAAGAUCACCUAAACCAAGCUGAUGUGUCUGCUACAAAAAGUUAUGAGACCCUCGCUGCUGAGAUCAUGCCAGUGGAGUACAGAGAGGUGUUCAUUCGACUGCAGCAUGAGAACAAAAUGCUUCGCCUGCAGCAGGAAGGGAAGGAGAAUGAACGCAUCGAGCAGCUGCAGGAGCAGCUGGAGCAGAAGCACCGCAAGAUGAACGAGCUGGAAACUGAGCAAAGAUUGAGCAAAGAGCGCAUUGGAGAAUUGCAGCAGCAAAUUGAGGACCUCCAGAAGUCGUUACAAGAACAGGGCUCCAAGGCUGAAGGCGAAAGUUCCAGCAAACUAAAGCGGAAGUUGGAAGCUCAUAUGGAAAAGCUAACAGAAGUCCAUGAAGAAUUACAGAAGAAACAGGAGCUCAUUGAAGACCUUCAGCCAGAUAUGAGUCAGAAUGCCCAAAAGAUCAGUGAACUUGAAGCUGCUCUCCAGAAGAAAGAUGAAGACAUGAAAGCAAUGGAGGAGAGAUACAAGAUGUACUUAGAGAAAGCCAGAAAUGUAAUAAAAACUUUAGAUCCCAAAUUAAAUCCAGCAUCAGCAGAAAUAAUGCUACUUAGAAAACAGCUGGCGGAGAAGGAAAGAAGAAUUGAGAUUCUAGAGAGUGAAUGUAAAGUAGCCAAAUUCCGUGACUAUGAGGAAAAACUCAUUGUUUCUGCCUGGUAUAACAAGAGCCUGGCUUUUCAGAAACUGGGCAUGGAAUCUCGGCUUGUGAGUGGCGCUGGUGCUUGCAAAGACACCAGUGUGGGCCCUCCUCCUCGGUCCUUCUUAGCACAGCAGCGACACAUCACCAGCACCCGGAGGAACCUGUCUGUUAAAGUCCCAGCCGCAGCAUCUGACUAGUCUACAAACAAACACGAACAGAAGUGCCUCAAAAUGUUUUGUACUCCAAGAAACUACCAGACGAAAAACAAAGGUUAAAAUGCUUGGUAUCAGCUAGUUUUGUUUGGAUUUUGUUUUGAGAUAGGGUCUCCUAUACCACAAACUAGCAUUGAAUUUACAACGUAUUCAGGGAUGACCUGGAACAUUGAUCAGUCCUUCCUUCACUUCCUGCAUGCUGGUUUCCAUAGUGCUGGGGAUCAAAACCUGCCCUGUAAGUCAGGUGACCUACCAGCUGAUCUACAUUCCCAGUAUUGGUAUCAACUAUUUUUAAGUCAAUAUAUAUCAAAUUAAUAUUUAAGUUUACUCUAACUACAAAAUACAGAAUCAACUGUCUCUGGGCAGUACUUUUGAGUACAUGGAAGUGUGAUAAAGCAAAUAUUUGUCUUGAGAUGGCAUCAUGGGAAAGCAGCUACGUAUUCCAGCUUUACGCUUCUAGUUGUAACAGCAAGUCAGUUAAUUUGUAAUUUAGUAGUACAUCUAGAUUUGCCUUGUGGGAAGCAGUAAGGCAUGGUAGAGCAGACCUGUGCAAGGCAGAUUCUUUGUGUGUACAGAACAUUCCUCUUCUUGCCAAUUCUGCCCUCAAGAGGAGACUGUCAAGCUGUGGAAGGAAGUUCUACCACUUGGAAGAUUUUACCAUUGGAGUGACUUUGUCCUGUCGGAGUGACUGACUAGACAUUCGCAGUUUCUCUGAGAUGUAUCUCAGUUUGCACAGGCAGUGCUGUGGAUGAAGGCUGCAGGGCUUGACGGGGACUUUAAAGUGGGAAGUAAGCUGUGUUGUAAAAGGGAACUUUCUGUUGGAAAGCAAACUAGAAUACAUGUUGAAUUUUCACGUGCUUUUGAGCAUGAAGUUGUUGUAGCCUUUGCUUUCUAAGAAGGGGUAGAUCAUGUAUAAUGUUGCCUCAUUGAAAAGAACAAUGAUGUAACAGCUUAGGACUGGUUCAGUUCCUGCUUACCUCUGGGAAGGGUCUGGAGCUGGAUUCGUGGCGUUCAGGUCAUUUCUGCCCAGCAUUGGUCUUUUCAGAGAGGUUUCUCUCUAGUUUAGGGUCACUUUUUAAAGUCACACUUUGGAAUAUUAGUUGUUAAAUCAGUAUUGCCUGAUGUAGCCACAAGUGGCCCGUGCUUGUGUCAGACACAUUUCCAGCACUGCGUAGGCACGCUUCCAUCAUGCUGAGAGUUCUGGCGUGCAUUGUGUCACAGGAAAUCUUAUUUGUUUGUUUGUUUUUUUUCUUGGUAACUUGGAAAAAUUCUUUGAUCCUUAGACUACAAAAGUAAGAAGUGUUGCACCAUUUCAUAUCUAGAGAGGAAGCAGGUGGUGCAGGAGUGCAGCAGCGAACAGUAAUGUCACAGCACUGUGUACAGUGAACGCCAGCAGGCUUCUGUGAGGGGUUGUGCUUGUGGGCUGCUCCCUCCUUGUUGGAUCGGCUCCUCACAUCUCCCUCCCCUCGUGCCACCAAAGAGGAGAUGUGAACCAAAUGGGUGUAAGUCAGAUUGAGCUGAUGAGCUAUAAAGCUGUGGUCUCCGUUUUAUUCUUAGUCCUUCAUAAAUAUGAGUAUUGCUCUAUUUGAAGUGUUAACUCGUGUAGAUAACUGCCUUUAAAUUCUUGCCCACUAAUUUUUUAACCACUUAAAAAUAAAAAAAAAAAUUCACAGUGAUUUGGGGUCUUUAGCAGCAUCUGCCGGGAUAAUUUGUUUUAUCAGGGUUCCUUCUGUUGACUACCUCUUAGAUUUGAUGCUUUGUGCAUUUAAACUGUUGUUUGCGUUUUUGUAUGUUCUUAGGCUGUCUGCUUGCCCAUGUCUUUUAGUGAAAUAAGACUUUGAAAAUACUUUAGCAUGCUAUUUAAAAUUUUCUAAAAAUUGUGGCAUUUGGGUAUAUUUUUGUUAUUGAAGAUAUAUUGAUGUGUUUGUAAUUGCUUAUAAUUGAGAUUUUACAAAUCCCCUUUUAAUGAACUUAUUGUAAAAGAUCAACUUCAAUAAAUUACUGUUUCCAGUGCAAUUGCUCAUAAAUUUCUAAAUAAUGUAGCAUAAAUAAGGACAUAAGGAUAGGUUCUUUUUUUCUUAAUAAAGAAAAAGCAAAUUUUCUGAUUUUUCUAGUUUUAAGUAGACUUUCAAAUGUUUGAUACGUGUUUAUACAAAACUAUGUAAAGUUCUAUAUAAUUGAGACUAAUCACAAAAAAUUCAGGCAGGCAGUAAUCAGGGUGAGAUUCUUUCCGUGUGUGGCUACUGCAGUGAUACUGGUGCCCUGCCAGGUAUAAAGCAUACGUGUUUCAUCUGGAACCAUCAUUUCUACAAUGUGUUCAGGAAGGAUCGAAUGACAAUAAACAUGGAAUUGACGAAAAAUUUAUGUUCCAGUUAUAAACAAUCUUGAAUUUCAAGCAGUUGUCCUUGAAUUGAUACUCCUUUCUCUUUUUGGAUAUAAUUAUGACAAAUUGUUUGUCUUGGGAUUAACUUAAUGUAUUGAUAAAUAUUUGAAGUUGAUUCUAUUUUUUUCAAUAAUUAAGACUAAAGGUUUAGUAUAAAUUAAAAAUGUCUUGCCUGGCAUCCUUUAGCUGAGUAUCCCUUAGUAAGAUCUGGUCAGCCAUUGCUGACUGGAUGUUAAACACUUCACACACACUCCUACUUCUGUGUAAUGGGACAUCUGGCCUUUUGGGCGUAAUGGUGGUUUAGGUCAGAGGAGUAUCAUUUUAUAUAGAAAUGAAUGUAUAUGGCUUGUUAUACAUACAGUCUUACUGUGAUCCUGUUUGUUGCACAGAAAUAGUUUGGACAUUUUAAAGCACAAAUCAUCAGAGGAAAUAGUGUGUAGUUAUUAAACUUGAGGAAGUUUCAGUGUAGUGUUUAGUUUAUAAAAAGGUCCUUUCUAUUUUCUAUGGCAAAUACUGUCACACUUGAAAAAUAGAAGCAAUACUUGAUUUAUUUUUGUAAGUAUUUAGAAUAUUAUUUUAAAUAAAUGUCAAUAUAAUUGUGAAAUGUUUUAAGUAAAUAAACUUCUGCUUCUGCAUCA